AUGGAAUCAUCCAAGCGCAAAAGAGCUCGGAAGGCCUGUCAGCCAUGUCGUGAGCGUAAGCGAAAGUGUGAUGGGGACGAACCCUGUACCACCUGCACGGAAUGGGAGUACGAUUGCUACUAUGAGGAUCGAACCCGAAGAAAGUCCCGAGCAACUAGACAACCCUCACCGGAGUUUCAAACAACCAAGCAGUCUCCAGGGCAAACUGGAUCUGGACCCAGCCCUGUUGAGUCAGAUCACUGUCAACUCGUCCGACGCAUGGAAGCCAACUCCGGAGCGGCAUUCGUAAGGAAGCUCGGCCUGAAGAUCGACCCAGCUAAGGCCCCGAAGCUCAAUCUGUUCGGGUGGAAUAUUGGAGCAAGAAAGCUCUCGUCUCCACUCGAUACAGGACCGGCAUUGUCGAUAUUUGAGAUCACCUCGUGGGAGCACUUCAAGGGCUUGGCCGUGGUGUAUUUCGACAAGGUGGAUCCAUGCUACGGCUUCAUCGAGCAGUCGUUCUUUUUCGAGCGGCUCAAUGAACGCUGGCGAUCAUCUCCGGCACCUCAAAUGUACGAUGGUGUAAUAUGUGGUGUCGCUGCCCUUGGAUGCCUGUUCUCACAACGGAGUGCCACUGCCACGGAGCUGCAUCUCGUUCACACGGCACGAGCACGCUUAGAAAUGCAUCAUCUUACCGGCCCUCCAUGUCUAGAUCUUCUUACUGGAUGGACACUCAGAUCAACGUACCUUCGAAUGACAGACUCCCCAUAUUCUACAUGGAUGGCCAGCUCUACCUUGAUGCACCUCAUUGAAGCAUCGGGCCUUCACCCAGAGAAACACCAUGAUUCCGUUCUUCCGCCCCCGGUCGAGUGCGAUCAAUAUGCGCGGCCUGACAUUCAGAGAAGACUUGUCGGUGUGGCACAUCACUUAAAUGUGUGGAGCUCCUACGAUCUCGGUCUUUCUCGAGUAUCUUUUCGGACAGACGAUUUGCCAUUGCCUCCUUCACCCAAGCUGGGCGAUUAUACAGGUGAGGUCCUAGGCCUUCUACCUGUAUCAGUCCGCAUGGACCCUGGAAAAGUAAAAGAUGAAACCGACCUUGAGCCUACGCUCUUGAAGCUUCUAGACGGGAGCCACACUGAACCUCCAUCUGUCAUGGCGCAGUGCAAUCUGGUGCUUUGUAUUCUUCGGCGCAUCCACACUCAGAACCUUGACAUAUCUCCUAAGCUUGCGGAAAAGGUUCUGGUUCUGCUGAAGAAGGCACUUGGCUGUGCAAGGAGCAUGGUCAUGGAUUGUUCGCCCUGGCACCAAGUUGCCAAUGUGCCUUUUCAGAUCGUUUGCGUCCUGCUUGUGAUGGAUACAAGAUCAUCACUUGCAAUGCUGCCUGAAGCUAUACAGACACUCAACCUGGUGGCUUCCACCUACGACACGGAAACCAUGAGAGAGGCUUGCAGCGCAGCCUAUCUACUUGUUCUACUGCACCAGCAACGCAGGAAGGACGACGUGGCCAUCUUCGGCGAAGCACUUAACAAUCAUCAGCGAGAACGACCGAUGGAUAUUUCUCAGGAAUUAAGCCCUAGUGCGGAAGAAUACUCUUGGCUUGGGGCGCUGGUUGCUGACCUACCCGGAUUGCAAAGAGUCGAUCUCGAUCAGUUUUUAAAUGCGGAUAUGAUUGAUGGUUCGUUUAUGGGUGGCGCUGGCGAAAACUUUCCUAGCGAAGGCCGGAGAGAUUUGUAA